AUUAGUGUUAUGCAAUGCAUCUUAGUAUAUCUGGCUCUAAAUGUUGUUUACAACACUGAAGAAUUCUCUAGAGCUGAUAUAAAGGCUAAUAGUACAUAUUGUUGUAAAACAAAGUUGGUAACUAUGGUGAAAGAAAGAGCACCAAGAUGUGACCAGAUUACAGAAGCUAUUAAUGCAAUGAAACUAUUGCUAGUGAACCCAUUGUCAUGCGCUAAGAAUUUGCCAUUAACCCUUCAGUUCUAUUUAAACAGACAGGAUGGCAUCAUUCGUGUAUGUUAAAUUGUUAACACAGGGUUGAAAGAUUUGCCAAGCCUCUUUGUUGACAUUUGGGAUUGGAUAAGUGGAUAAUUUGGGAUCAAGGUUUAAUAGACAAGAACAGUAUAAAAGAAGUGAGUGGCAACUUUCUGUAACAUUUCACAAGUUUACUCUGGCUGCAUCAGCAUCAGGUAUUGGAAGCUCCAACAGUGUUUUUCAGUUUUGAAAUUGUUUACAGAUGCCUCGUCCUUUGUUUCAAAGAAAUGGUUGCUGGGACCCUUUUCAGGAGAAGGCACAAAACCUUUUCAACCAAAACACUGACCUCCGCAACUUCCUUGAACCAAAUGAGGUUAGCUGGAUAGAAUCAGCAAGGAAAAGAUUGGGAUUGACAUCGACCUGGCCAGGAUCAAUGCGUAUACCUCUCUUCAGCUCUUUUUGCACCGAGGCUCCACCUAAAUCAUGUACUGGAUCAGAAGGAUGCAAUUCUGAAUCUCUGUGUGAACAAACAAAAGGACCGCAAAACUGGAAAAUCUGUCUAGAUGUCAGUCCAUUUUCUUCGGAGGAGAUAACCAUCAAAACCCAGGAGGGAUAUUUGGAGAUUACAGGUAAUCACGUAGAAAGACAGGAGCAUCACAGAUGGAUCUCAAGAACCUUUACAAGAAAAUACAUGCUUCCGGCUGAAUUAGACCUAAAACAGAUCAGCUCCAUGCUGUCUUCAGAUGGUAUUCUCUCUGUUGAGGCCCCAUCACCUGGCUCUAACAUCAGUCUCCCCGGAGAGACUGUCAUCCCUAUUCACAUAAUGGACAAACAGUUAUCUGCAAAAUCAGACGGGCAAUGCCUAACCAGUAACUAAGUUACUGGUUAGGCACAGCUUGUCUCAAAAUAUAUAUGUGAUAAAGGUAGUGUAUGCGUUUUCAUAACAGUUUGUUUUUGAUGGCUAACAUUAGAAGCAUUUGUAAAUACUGGUUUUGCAAGGGAAUAUUUAUCAUAUUAUGAUCCAUUACCAAAAGACUACAGUGACCGUAAUAUGCUUAAUAGAUCAGUUCGGCUGUUACUUUGGUUUCAAAACAAUUAUGCAAUAAUUUGUGCUGUAUAAGAAUAUGUCAAAGAUGAUCACUCUCUUUUUCAGGCUAUAUUAAAAAAAAAAAAAAUGAAAUGGGGCUUCAUAAUGGGGAUUGCACUGCAUAAUGCCAGGAUAAUCCUUUUGAUUUUGAAAGGCUAUUUUAAUUAAUCUGUUUUGAAAAUGAUACCUUGUAUCAAUGAAUGUCAUGACAUAAGUCUAAAGAGGCUGUAUACUGAAAUUGAUCAAUAUUUAGGAAAGCAGCUGAGUAGACAUCUUCUUAGUCGUGGAAAUUUUGAUUAUUUCAAGAGAUUCGUUUAUUUUCAGUUUGUUCACCGAAAUUAUUAACUCACAGAUUGAUUCAGUGACAAUUUCUAUAUUACAUAAAUACAACAACAGGUGGCGCAAAAGAGUGUCUUAUGUGUUUUUAAGUCAAGAA